AUGCUCCGUCUCCCGAAGUUCAUAGGUAGAAAAGUUUCACAGCCAGCCACCUCCCCCCUUCUCCAACGUUCCCCGCUCAAAGAAUCGCAACGAAGCACACACACAGAGCGCAUGCCCUCCCUCGGGAGCUGCGUCUCCUCGUCGUUCCAAGAACAGCUUUGGGAGAAAGUCCCCGGACAUCCGGUUCUUCGCAAUCGGCAUUUUCAGCAACGAACCGCCAUAGAAGCGCGGCUUCCAUUACCGCUUACGAUGCUCUUCACCGUCUUUGCGCCGCCUGUACUCUUGUGCUGCGCUUCGCCGAUGCUGUGGGUCGAGGGGACUGGCACCUGGACGAUGAUAUGA